GGCUGUGCGGCGAGCCAGAGGUCCCGGUCCGCUGGGAUAGAGGACCUCGGUGGGUCUCUGUACCACGCGGCGAGGGGUCACUACCGCAGACGGUGACCUCCAGGCGUGAGUGGCACUGUGCAGGGCGCGCUGCCUGUGCCACGCGCCGAGGAGAGCCCUCAAUCAACAGCGGUUGUUAGUUGGAAACAGCCAAGUGCUCAACAGUAGGGGAUUGAGCUUUUUGCCCCAGUAUUCCAGAAGUUGUGCUUUGAACGUCUGCACUGUGCAACGCACUCUUGUAGGUCUUUGGAAAACAGCAGCGAACCAGACAGACCCCAGACUCGUGGAGUGAACCUACUGGGGAGUAGAGAUAAAGAAUAAAUGAAUUAGAUGUGAUCAGCAUUGGAAAAGAUGCCAGCGCCAGCUACCACGUAUGAAAGAAUAGUUUACAAAAAUCCCUCUGAGCACCACUACAUGAAAGUCUGCCUGGAAUUUCAAGAUCAUGGAGUUGGUCUGAAUGCUGCACAGUUCAAACAGCUGCUUAUUUCUGCCCUAAAGGAUCUCUUUGGGGAGGUUGGUGCUGCCUUGCCUUUGGAUGUCCUGAGCUAUGAAGAGAAGACCUUGUCAGCCAUCUUGAGAAUAUGUAGCAGUGGUCUGGUCAAAUUGUGGAGCUCUUUGACCCUGUUAGGAUCCUACAAAGGCAAAAAAUGUGCUUUCAGAGUGAUUCAGGUUUCUCCAUUUCUCCUCGCAUUAUCUGGUAAUAGUAGGGAACUGGUACUGGAUUGAGUAGUCUUCAAUUUCAGAAACUUACCUCAGUUCUCAAAGUACUUUUUGGUGCCUGCAUAGUUGAAUACAGAAGCAGGC